GAUAUGGUUGCUCAAAGAAUAAAUUAAUAAAUUUAAGAAGUGAUGCUUUUUUAAAGCAUCACGUGUCUAAAGCAUCACGUGUCUAAUAAAAAUGGAUACAGAUGUUAUAUCUGUUCCCGUUCAGCUGGUUCAUAACGACCAGACUACUUUACCUUUACCUCUUCUUUCUCCCUCAAAAACGUUUAAUAAUACGUCCAAUUUUCAUAAAAAUACUUUCCUUGUCUCUGUGAAAAAAUUUCACGUGAUGACAAAACGCCGAACCGGUUAUAACAAGAUUUACGAAUUCAGGCGCUCAAAAAGUUUCUUUUUUGAGCUUGCUGAUCUUUUCUCGGACACCAAUAAUCUUCAUUUAUUUUUACACACCAAUGAUUAUCACAUGGAUUCUACGCCUAUUCUAUACACAUCCACGAGCUAUUUGCCUAACACAAAAUAUCAAAUUAGUAAAAUGCUCACACACUUUUUUACCUUACAAAAAGUUUUACCCCAACGUAUUCAACAAAAGUAUUUUGAUUUGAUUCGCCAGAAAUUACUGGAUCGAAUCGACUUUAUCGAGUCACGUGCUUCUAAUAGAACUUUGAAGAACACUCAUACAAAAACUUUCUUCUCAUUUUCUUAUAAGCGCUAUCGCUUCCACUUUGGUAUUUACAUUCCUUGUGAACAUGUUUGCACACCCGCUUUAUCUAAUUCUCUUACCCGGUGUCAUAGCCCGAGCCCUUUCGUCAUGUCUUUAAAUAGACGUGCUUGUGGUACUCAUCAACCUGAAUUUUCGAGAACAAAAAUUAAUCACCAUUUGAAACCUGUGCCUGAAUUGGACCCAGGAUAUACGAAUUCAAAAUCUUCACACGCUAAUCAUGUAUACGAUCUUUGGCAACAUCGAUGGAAAAAUGAGAUCUUUUCCAACCGCCUUGGCAUUCAGUACAAUGUAUGCUAUGUGGCUAACAGUACUAAUUUCGUGCGCAAACAUCCAGGCGCCUAUAUUUACAGGAAACACCUUUCGAAUUUCAAACUCAAUCAUAGCAGUAAUCCUGCAACGAAGCGCAAACAGGAAACCCGCUUCAAGAGACAUUGUGCAAGGGUGCUUAAAACUAUUGACCCUACCUCCCGCACUUUGAAAGAUUACAAACUCUCAGCUGGAAGACGUUUUCGCUUCCUAUUCGAUGAAUCACAACAUAUCUACUCACCUCUUCACCAUUUGAAAUUCAAAAAAUUUUCAACGGAGAAAUUAUUACCUGAUCCUGAUGAUUAUAGAUUUAAAAUACCUCAUCACACGCUGCCGAAUUGCAGCACUACGUCACAACCUUCGACCUUAUCUAGGCCUUCUGGCGUUAAUACUAUCCCUCAUUAUUUGAAUGCUGCAGAAAUCGAGGCUCUCAUGGAUUCGUUAGAACCACUUCCUCGUAGCACUAUAUACUAUGGUUAUAAUCCCGUAGACCCGUCUAAAGUGAACAGUAGUUAUUAUUUGCAAUACAACCCCUUUGAACCUGACUUACCCCCGACUACCCAUAUACGUCGGUCUAACCCUUUAGAUUACGACUCAUCCGCCGCUAACGGUAUGGGCACCACACUUAAACAUUAUUAUCGUCGAGGAAUAUCAACUCGACAACUGACGGUUCAUACUAAUGGAUUUCACGAGCAGAUGAAUCAACCCCCACCUCCUCCAAUGCCUUGCAAAAAGAAACAACAUCGCAAGUGGAAGAAAUGGGUGGAAAAAUAUCAAGAUUACUACGACUAUACGUGCAUACCGUACUCUCCUCGGCCUUGUCACCCGGCUGAAUACCAUAUAGAUCUCUUUGGUUUACCUUCAUACACCUCAGAUGAAACUUAA